AGCAGCAACCCGCAGCUUCAACCCCUGUCGCAAACACUGUUCCUCUCAAGAUGAGUAACUUCUGCAGCCGCCUGGGGCGGCGAGGCCUCGCGUGCAUCGCCGCCGCUCGCCGGCCACCCUGCAAUGCGCCCUCGUCCGCCGUCGAUCCUUCCUCCGCCCCACUGCCGGCCGUGGACCCCCUUCCCUCUGUUCCCGAGCGCCACGUGGACUCCAUCGCCGCCUCUGUCCUCCGCUCCCAAUGGACCUCCCUCGACCACCUCCUCCCCACCCUCUCCCCUCCCCUCGUCUCCGCCGUCCUCCUCCACCUCCGCUGCUCCCCAGACCUCAUCCCCCCUUUCCUCCACCGCCUCGGCCUCCACCGCCUCGACCUCCGCUCCCUUUCCAUCGCUGCUUCCCUCCUCUGCUCCCUCCGGCCGCCUAGCCCCGCCAUAAACCUCCUCAAAGAGGCCAUCUCCACCGGCCACUUCGACUCCUCCCAGAAGUUCUUCAACGCUCUUUCGGCCGCCGGCGAAGAACUCAAGCCAUCCAAUCCCCAACUGGCGUUCGAUCUCCUCCUCAGGGCCUAUCUCGAUUCGGGUAAGAUCCAGGAAGCCCUAGACGUGUUUUAUUUGAUGAAAGAUGCUAACUUUCUUCCAAAGAUCGAAUCUUGCAACUGUUUAUUGAGUGCCUUCUUGAAAUCACACCAAACGGAGAAAGCUUGGGUUUUGUUUGCUGAAAUGUUUCGGAUGAGGAUCCCAUCGUCAGUUGUGACAUUCAAUAUCAUGAUCAAUGUGUUGUGUAAGGAAGGGAAACUCAAAAAGGCGAAAGCUUUCAUCCAGGUCAUGGAGAGUUCCGGUGUUCAGCCGACCGUUGUCACGUACAAUACAAUUAUUCAGGGGCAUUGCUCGAGGGGCAAGGUCCAAAUGGGCCUCGAGAUGUUGGGUGUAAUGAAGAAGAAAGGUAUCAAACCUGACGCAUACACUUAUGGCACUCUCAUAUCGGGGAUGUGCAAAGAAGGGAGGGUCGACGAUGCUUCGGUGAUGUUCGACGAAAUGUUGGAGAGAGGUUUGGUUCCAAGUGCUGUCAAUUACAAUACUUUGAUUGAUGGGUACUGUAACAAGGGGAAAUUAGAUGUUGCUUUUCAAUACAGGGAUGAGAUGUUGAGGAAAGGGAUCGAGCCAACUCUUUGCACCUAUAAUUUGCUUGUGCAUGCAUUGUUCAUGGAGGGGAGGAAUGAGGAAGCUAAUGCAUUGAUUAAGGAGAUGGAGGUGAAGAGAAUGGUGCCCGAUGCAAUAACAUAUAACAUUUUAAUAAAUGGGUAUUGCAAGGAAGGGAAUAUAAAUAAGGCAUUUGAUCUUUUUGAAGAAAUGUUGAGGAAAGGGGUUCAACCAACCAUGGUGACCUACACAUCUUUAAUUUAUGUUCUUUGCAAGAGGAGUCGAGUAACUGAGGCAGAUAGGAUGUUCAAAGAGGUAACAGAGAAGGGUCUCUAUCCAGAUCUUGUGAUGUGCAAUGCCUUGAUUGAUGGCCACUGUGCAAAUGGAAAUAUGGGGCGAGCAUUUGAGCUUUUGAAAGAGAUGGAAAGUAAGAGACUUGCUCCUGAUGAAGUUACCUACAAUACACUGAUGAGAGGGCUCUGCUUGUUGGGGGAAGUUGAAGAGGCUCGUAAGUUAAUUGAUGAGAUGAAUAGACGGGGUGUCAAACCUGAUCUAAUCAGUUAUAAUACACUGAUUAGUGGUUAUAGCAGGAGAGGUGAUGUCAAGGAUGCUUUUAAAGUUAGGGAUGAGAUGUUGAGCAAGGGAUUCAAUCCUACACUUCUUACAUACAAUGCCCUCAUACAAGGGCUGUGUAAAAAUGGGGAAGGUGGUCAUGCUGAGGGUCUCCUCAAAGAGAUGGUGAGCAAGGGCAUUACUCCAGAUGAUAGUACUUACAUUUCACUGAUAGAAGGGCUCAGCAAUGGCGAAGAUGAUGUGAAGAACGAAAAUGUGUAAAUCUAUGCAUUCAAUUCAAUUCUUCUGCUUCAAUGCUAGAGAUCCACUCCCUCCACCACACCUAUCACUUGCAACCAUGCUAACGGGCGUCAGUUAUUUACCAAGCUUCAUCACUAGUUCCAUUGCAAUGGACCUGGAGUUCAUUCUAGAAAGUUGCUUGACAGGCACAAGGUGUCUGAUGCCCUAGAGAUGAGUUGUUUGAUCGAGCUAAAUUGCUCAUGAAUGCUUAAUUCAGCUGGUUCUUGGCGUGUGUUAUGGUCUUCUCAAUGACACUGUGCUUGUUCAUGAUCAAAAGCACCUCAAGAUGACUGAAUAUAUGAGCCCCUGAUGAUGACAGGGAGGAAAUACAUUGAUCAUAGAAGAUGGUUGGAGAGUUGGAUGACUUUGUUCAUAAUCAUAGUGGAAAAAGGGCUGAAGUCCAUGGAUCUGGAAGGAUUUGAAAAAGGUAUUAUUAUCAGGCUUUAGAUUUUUUUUUUUUCGAUCUUUUGUUCAAAGUUUAUAUUUGUUAACAACAAAAGAGUUGGUGGUUGGACUGGGUUUACCUCUUCUUCUGAGGGAGGUUGGUGUUUUCUUGGGUGGCUGUUGUGUUUCAGCAUUUAUAGAAACUAAUAAGGUUCAACUACUGCAGUCUAUCUUUGGUAUUUCUCUUCUUCUCAAGGCCGAGUUUGUGAAUGCAUUUUGAUCUCUAGCCACUUGUGGUUGGGAAGUUUGUGCACCUAGGUGUGCCUUCUGAUAAUUAACAAUAUGAAAUGUCCUGUAAUUUUUGAUGAUAUAAUUGUAAAGCUAUUUAUAAUCGUGUGACAUUAAGAGAUUGAAGGUAUGUAGCUCUGUAAAUUUGGCUAAUCACUAUAUACCUUACUGGUUUUCUUCUCCCACUUGGGAUAUUAU